AGUUCCGAUACACUCUCAGACAUCGUGGUAGCGUGGAGAUAACAACUUAUCAAUGAGGCGGCAGAGCUUACCAUCCGAGCUUUUGCUCGGAAUUGAUCGAACUCUGGACCCAGAAAUGCAAGCAGCACCAACAGCUCGGACUGAUGAAAAGGAUCAAUAUAGGACUUGCUGCGCCGUUUGUCACAUCAAAUUCGGCACAACAGUCCUGGGCGCUAUCGAGCUGCUGGUAAGCCUUACUCUUCUGAUCAGUGCAGCACAGCAGGUGGUUUGGAAAAGUGGAGGUUCACAGCACUGUUCUCACAAUUUCCUUCGCGACUGUCUGAUAUUCCAGUUCAGCCACUUUAAUGUCACACUGAUUCUCGACUACAUUGUGGUCUUUAUGAUGGUAUUCAUUCUAGUUUCUAUAGUUCUACUGUUCUGCGGAAUUCUCUCCGACACUUCUAGUCUAUUACUGCCGCAUAUUCUUAUCCAAGCCAUCUUUUUGUUAUUUUCCAUAGGAUAUUUCGGGUUUUAUGCAGUUUCAUACUUUUACGGAGAUUUAUAUGUGCACUCAAGACCAUUCACUUUUAAUCAUUUUAUCGAGCGGAUGUGGCUUGCAACUCUAUUACUAUCUUUGGCAGCCUUCCAGACUUACCUGUUCUCAGCAGUCAUUCGCUGUAGCAUGUAUUUAUCGAGGAUAGAAGAGCAACGCAGGAAGAGAGAAACCGCUUUUGAACGAUGUAGCGAACGAGUGCGACUUGCCAAAGAAAAUGGGUUGUGGAGGACUACUAGCUGGGGUGGUGGUUUUCAAGAGUACAAAGGUCAGUACGAUGAGAGCAAACCUAAGAAAGCACCGAAACAGAAGAGCGUACACGUUCAGUGGUCGGCUACUUUGAGAAGAUCUGUCGCAGGAGAUGACGAAACAACAAUCAAAUUGUUAGAUUAUGAGAGGAAAACAAAAAACGAUAUGCACGAACCUCUGCUAAAAUUAGAAUCUGUGGAUGAAAGUCCCGAAAUGAAGCCGGCAAGAGUUGGCAGCCACAAGCAGCAUACACACGAUAAGGAAGUGACGCGAAAGCGGUCGGAUCAACACACUCACUCCAUUGAUCAACCUUCGACGUCAAAAACACCAGCACCACCAACAACGCGGCCAUCUGGGCCCAGACUGGAGAAGCAAGUAUCGCGAGAAGGUCAUCGCAGAGGUAGCACUUCUUCGACGAGUCCCCAUAGACGAAAAGAUUCUCAGUCAAGCGUCGGCGUCGUUGAAAGGCGAAGAACGUCUUCGAGUCCGCGAGCUUCGCUGAAAAAACAGAAAAGCGUUGAUGUGGAGGGAGCACAUCCGGCUGCUGUUUAUAAAAAUAGAUCAUCACAAGAUUCUCGAAGAUCCUCUGUAGGAACAGCUGACCACCGCCGCAGUUCUACUACGUCAAAUCAACGGCACCAGAUUGUCGCACAAGGUGCACAAACACAACCAACUGCCGCAGAAAAGCGUAGCGAAGUUCCACACAUCAAACGGGUAUCAAUUUCUGCAACUCAUCUAUGAUCUAUAUGCUGAAUUGGAAACUAAUAUUUACGCCUGAGAAGCGUACAGAGAGAAUCACAUGAUACGGCGCUAUCCGGAAGAUCUUUGGACACAACGUGAUACCGGCACUUUGCUAGUUGGCGAUCUCCAGAAUCCCUUGCCUAAUCAACAUUUCACAAUCAUGUCGUGGUAAUGAGUGCUAAAAGAAAAGUCGUGAAAAUACAACCUUAUAUCCACAGGCUACUCACCGUAGAGUUUACUUGCAACAUGACCAGGUUUCCGUCUGAAGUUUCAAAUUCUCCGUAGUUUUCAAGAACGCGUACCU